AUGAACAUGAUGACAGUCAUGCAGCAGGGUGUAUGGGCUGUGUUGCUCUGGCCCUACCUUCUCAUCGUAAGUAUCCCACUAGACUGUAAGGAAGAGCAAGGCAGUCUCUCCCGUUGCCCCUCCAUCUCCCAAGAGAAACUUCUAGACAGAGUCAUCCAGCAUGCUGAGCUCAUCUACCGUGUCUCAGAAGAAUCAUGUUCUUUGUUUGAGGAGAUGUUUGUCCCAUUCCCAUUGCGGCUUCAGAGGAACCAGGCAGGCUAUGCAUGCAUCACCAAAGCCUUACCCAUCCCCAGCUCAAAAAGUGAAAUCCAACAAAUAUCUGACAAAUGGUUGCUCCACUCUGUUCUGAUGCUAGUCCAGUCAUGGAUCGAACCUCUGGUCUACCUGCAGACCACAUUGGAUCGCUAUGAUGAUGCUCCUGACAUGCUGCUCAACAAGACCAAGUGGGUGUCUGAGAAACUGAUCAGUCUGGAGCAAGGAGUGGUGGUCCUCAUCAAGAAGAUGUUGGAUGAGGGGAUGAUGACCACAUCCUACAGUGAACAAGGCCUAUUCCAGUACGAUGUGCAGCCCGAGAUGCUUGAAUCUGUUAUGAGAGACUAUACCUUGCUCAGCUGCUUCAAGAAAGAUGCCCAUAAGAUGGAGACGUUCCUGAAGCUUCUCAAGUGUCGACAAACUGACAAAUACAACUGUGCAUGA